CAACCACCCAAAUUACACUCUUUCUUUCUCUCCCUCUUUCUCACCAAUUUCCAUUUCAAAUUCUCACCUUAUUAUAUAUUCACACAAACAACUAACAACAUAACCACCUCAAUUCCUUCACAACAAAACUCAAGGACGUAACAAAUAUAUCUUCGUAAACAACAACGUUAAAUUUUCUACUAUGGGUUUAACCUCACGCACACUAGAAAUCACAGUUAUAUCAGGUGAAAACAUUCAUGUAACCGAGGACGCAUAUGUUGUCGUUCGAGGUGAGUCUCUUGAUUGUUACACGACAAAAACUGUGAAAGAUAACAAAUCGAGUUUUCUUUCAUGGGAUGAGAUGUUUUUGUUGGACAUGCCAUUGCAUGCAAGGUCAAUCACGUUUGAAGUGCAAUGCAAGAGAUUCAAAAGUGUUCGGCCUAUUGGAGUGGCGAGAAUCGCGGUUGCGGACUUUCUCAGCGGCAUCGAAUCGGAAAACUGUAUGCAAGUUUUGAGCUAUAGAUUGAGGGAUUGGGAAGGGAAGAAAAAUGGAGUUAUUCAUUUUGGUGUGAGGGUGGUUGUGCCGGAGAAAAUUUCAGUUACGGUGGCGGAAAAGGAAACUGUGGUGAAUGGAAAGAAUUAUAGUGACCGUUUGACUGGAAUGGAUUUUGGUGGCAAGAACUCUAAUGGUGUUGUUGUUGGUAUUCCGUUUUGGUGGAACUACCCUAACAUUAUUUAAAGAUAUUUGAUUUUAUAUACUUUUGUUAAAUUAAAUGAAGUGAGUUUUAAUGCAAGUAUAUUCUUUUGUAAAAUUUUCCAAAUUGAGAUUAAUUUAAGAGGAUAAAAUUUGAUAUUUUGAAA